UGACAGAUGGCCACCGGCAACCUCCAUCAGUCCAUGGGGUCCUCCAAGAUGCCUGAUGGAUUCCAGAGCAAAGUGGUGGCACCUCGUAAUCCAAAGCUGGUCAAAGAGGCAGAGAAGUCUGUAACUCUGACUCCCUCUGCCUUCUUGAAGGAGAUGUCUCUUACCACAGAGCAGAGGCUGGCCAGCACUCACGAAAUGAGGCGGCCCCGGAUUAUCCAGCUUCUAGACAUGAGCGAAACCUCCCAUCAAAAGUUCUCAGCACUUGACCUGGAACAGAGCUUGUUUCAGCCUUUCCCGUCAGAGGUGGUAUUUCAGAACUACGUCCCCUGUGAGAUCUACGAAGUGCCGCUGAUUCUGAGGAACAAGGACAAGAUUCCUCGGCUGGUGAAGGUUGUCUUGGAGAGCUCUCCUUACUUCAAGUUGAUCAGCCCCAAUGAUGUGUGUCAUAAGGUAGCACCUGGCAUGCCCUCAACUUUCCGCAUACUUUUCACCCCUGAGGAGAACAAGGAUUACUUCCACCAGGUCACCUGCAUCACAGAAAGGGAAAAGUUUAUUGUGCCUAUCCGAGCUAUAGGUGCCCGAGCUAUUUUGGAUUUCCCUGACCAGCUGAACUUCUCUGUCUGUCCAGUCAAGUACACUACCCAGAAAACUCUGCUGGUUCGCAACGUUGGUAAUCGAGAGGCCCGCUACUGCAUCAGCACUCAGAGGCCUUUCUCUGUCGAUCCCUCCGUUGGGACUCUAGGGAUUGGUGACACCAUGCAAGUAACAGUGGAGUUUCACCCGCUGGAGACCGGAGAUCAUUCCAGAGCCCUGAUAGUCCACUAUGACACAGGUGAAGAUAUUCACACAAGCCUUUAUGGAGCAGCUGUAGAUGUCAAUGUCAGGCUGGACAAGAACUCCUUGACAAUUGAGAAGACCUACCUCACGUUGGCAAACCACAGAGCUGUGGUCAUUCACAAUAGGAGUGAAAUCAUAGCCCGCUUCCAGUGGAAGGCUUUUGCUACUCGGGAAGAGGAGGAUCGGCAGAAAAUGAGGCUGUGUCGCAGACUGCAGAGCCAGGAAGAGGACGAGACGGAUCGCUUUCUCGAGGAGUGCAGCGUGGACCCCACUCUCAGAGAACGCCUUUCCAUCCUCUCCCGCACCUUUCAGAACCACCGGGUGAAGGUGAAAGGAGACGCCAUGCUUUUCUCUGAUGACAUCUUCAGCAUUGAGCCAGUGGAGGGAGACGUCUGGCCAAAUUCUACAGCUGAAAUUAAUGUGAUCUUUAAACCUCGAGAAGCCAGAGUCUAUCAACAAACUGUCUACUGUGACAUCUCAGGCCGCGAGACCAGGCUCCCCCUGCGCAUCAGAGGGGAAGGCAUAGGGCCCAGGCUCCGCUUCAGCUUUGACCAGCUUGACAUCGGGAAGGUUUUUGUCGGAUCGGCGCACGGCUACGAGGCAAUCCUGUUUAACAAAGGAGCCAUCGAUGCUCUCUUUACCUUGGUCCCUCCAGCUACGGCUCUGGGCUCCUGCUUUACUUUUCACCCCCGGGAGGGCAUCAUUUUACCAGAGGGGCUCCAGGUCUUCCAGAUCUCCUUCAGGUCCACCAUCCUGGGGGAGUUCACAGAAGAAUUCAGGUUCAGCGUGAAUGGAUCCCCCGAACCUGUGACCUUGACUAUCAGGGGCUGCGUCAUCGGACCGACUUUUCACUUCAAUGUACCUUCCCUCCAUUUUGGGGAUGUUUCUUUCGGCUUUCCAUGCACCUUGUCCUGUUGCCUCAAUAACACAUCCUUGGUGCCCAUGACUUUCACCCUUCGCAUCCCUGGGGAUGGCCCUGGAGAGCCUAGUGUUACCAGUUCUGUUCAGAUCUCAGAUGACAGCAGGCCAUCCUGGAGAAGGGGAGUUCAAGGUCAUGUCAAGCCAACAGAAUUUACCAUAAUGCCCUGCAGGGGAACCGUCCGCUCCCAGGGACUCCUGGACAUCCAGGUCACCCUGUGCUCCAAUACCGUGAAAAAAUACGAGCUGGCCCUGGUGGUGGAUGUGGACGGUGUUGGCAAGGAGGUGUUGGCGCUCCUCCUCACAGCAAGAUGUGUAGUUCCUCCACUGCAGGUGCUCAAUCCUGUUGUGAAGUUUGGACGGUGCUUCCUAAAAUUCCCUCAUCAGCAAAUGCUGACCCUUGUGAACGACAGCGAUCUUCCAGGCUGCUAUGGGGUUCUUCCACAGGAGCACAAGGAUACUGCUGCUGUGCGGUACUUCAGCCCCCUGCCUUGUGGGAUUAUCCAGCCUCACAGCUCGGUGGAGAUCCCAUUUACAUUGGAAACCCAGGUGAUGGGAGAGCAGGACACAGUUGCUCAUGUUGCGGUGUUUGGGAGUGAAGCAUCCCCUUUGAAGAUCCAUUUAGUGAGCACUGGAGAAGGCCCAGUUGUCUACGUGCAUCCAAAUAAGGUAGAUUUUGGCAAUAUCCACGUUCUACGAGAUGCUUCCCGGACACUCCACCUCUCCAAUCAGACUGUCAUCCCUGCAUCAUUCUGGGCACAGAUGGCUGGCAAAUGCUCGCGCUGGAGGAUCGAACCCAGUGAAGGAGUGGUUCCCCCUGAGACCGAGGUGUCUGUGAGUCUCAUAGCCAACUUGGACGAUACAGAGAAAUUCAAGGACAAGGUGAACUUGUUCAUAGAGCACAACAGCACCUGCGAGAUCCCGGUCCAGGCUGUCGGUAUUGGCACCACGAUCGUCACUGACAAACCCUUUGCUCCAGAGCUCAACCUGGGGCCCCACUUCAGUCAGGAACCCUGCUAUUACCGCUUCAAGAUAACGAACCAGGGACGUCGCACCCAUCAGCUCUACUGGACAACAGAAGGUUUCGCCCCGUUUCGCCAGCGGGAUCAUCUCGCUCCUCUCGCUAACGCUAAAGGCAAAAAUUCUUCCCAGAGCCUCAGACCUGCAUCGCCUGUUUUUAAGCUUCGGCCACUAAGGAUGGAGCUGACCCCAGGCAAGACUAUGGACAUGAUGCUGGAAGGCUCCUCCAGGGCUCCCAAGGUAGUGAAGGAGCGGCUGCUGUGUCACGCCAUCAUAGGGAGCAAGGCAGGGAAGAAACAAAUAAUGCAAGUGGAUGUCACGUGUGAGUUCAUUGCUCCUGUUCUGCAAAUCUCCUCCAGGGAAAUCACUUUCCGCGUAGAGAAGGAAGCCAAUGAUGUCCUAACUCCUCAGUAUAAGCCUCUUGAUUUAAAAAACAUCUCUUCCUUGCCAGUCAGCGUUAUCCUGUCCUUAGAGCAACCUUUCUCCCUCUGUGACGUGGACCAUCAACCCAUCUGUGUAGAUGGUCAGGCCAUAAAGCUGGAAAUAGGGGAGGAACUUCAUCUUUCCAUCAGAUUUAACCCUGCUUUUCAUGAGGGUUUGGAUAUCUGGGUAGCAAAGGCAGCCCUGAUAAUACAGUUUGUUGAGCACUCUCAUGAGGAGCACGUUGCCCUUCGGGGAGAAGUGUACUUUCCAAAUCUCCAUUUCCAGACCAUGGCCCUGGACUUUGGCUGCCUCCUGAAUGACACUGAAGGUGUACGUUACAUCGAGAUGACCAACUGCAGCCCACUUCUUGUUCGCUACGACUGGUCAUUCCUGACGGACAGACACGCGAGCCAGAUGAGGUUCAGCCCUCCAAAACCUAAAUUUCUCAUCAAGCACCAACCACUGAAGGAGGGGGAAGCCUGGAUGGAGCACUCAGGGGUUACGGAGGAAGACUACUCUGUGAGAAGCUCCAGGGACACGGACAUGGAGAAGCAAGCUGAUGGCACAGAUCCCCCUCGGACAGUGGGGGAUCCUGCCCGGGAGCCUGCAGGCACAAAGGACUCCCCAGACACAAAGCUACUAAUAUCUACUGCUAAGGAGGAGAAAAAUGCUGCAGAGACUCAGAGGCCAGUGGGGAUGGAGGAAUUGCUACCAGUCAUGGAGAAAGAGCCAUUCCCCUUGGGGGUAGAGGAGGUUUUUGACAUCCUACCACUGUACGGUGUACUGCAGCCAGGUGAGAGCCAGCGGGUCACGUUCACCUUCUACGGCCACAUGAACGUUGUCGCCCACGUCACGGCACAGUGCAAGGUGGAGGGCGGCCCAACAUACGAGAUCGCGCUGAGCGGGGAGGCUUCACUCAUCAACUACCUGUUUGACAUAAAGGAGAUUGACUGUGGGCAGCAGCUGUUUAAUGAGAUCUCUGAAGCGAAGCUCACCCUGCAGAACAGCGGCAAGGUGGGAUUCAAGUACACGGUGCUAAGCCCCAGCACGGCCUCUGCAGACAACCCUGUGCCUGGCGUGCCCCUGGUCCUGCCUGCCACGGGUUACGUUGAGUCUGGCAAGGAACAGGUACUGGAAGUCUAUUACCUGCCUGGUGUGCCUGGAGACUUCUACAGGACUUUCCAGAUCCAAGUGGGUCACCUUGAGCCAGAAAAAAUCGCCCUGAAAGGAGAGGGGGUCUUUCCCAGGAUCUACAUGGAUCUGCCCAGGAACAUCCAAGGAAAUGUAAAAUAUGAAAAGCUCCUCAAGGAGGCAAAAGAAAAACUGAAAAAAUGCAAUCGGAGACAGGAAGCGGUCGUUCUGCGGAAGGCCACGGCUGCGGAGCCGCACACGAACUCGGACUCCAUGUUUAACACCUGGCUGCUGAUGGAAGUGGAGCGGAUGCUCUUAGAGGAACAUGCCCUGAAGCAGCAGGAAGCUUUCACCUCUUGUCCCACAGAGGACCCUGCCUUUGGCCAGCGUGCUCGUCAGAGGCUUGUCAAAGCUCAGCUGCCCGAGUAUAUCCUGGACUUGGGCUAUGUCAUUCUUGGUAACACCCACACGCACAUCGUGAGGAUCACCAACACCAGCCAGUUGCCUGUGUCCUUCCAUGCAGAUGGACGGGCCCUGCAUGACACAGGUUUCAGCACUGAACUGCACCGCGUGAAGCACCUGCCGUUCUGUGAGACUGAAAUGUUCGCAGUGCGCUUUGAUCCACACAGCGCCAACCUGCCCCUGGGACACGUGAACGUGCUCCUGCCCAUCAAGGUCACAGGAGGACCCACGUUUCACAUACGCCUUCGUGCCACGGUGACUGUGCCAUCCCUCUGCCUCUCCCGUGACAGACUAGAGUUCUCCGCUGUCCAGUGUGGGCAGUGUCAGGAAGAGACCAUCCAGCUCCACAAUCAGUGCCAGAUCGCCUGUAGAUGGUUCAUCAGUGUGAAUGAGCCCGUUAAGAAGGUGGACAAACAUUUGCCAGCGAACCUGCGUCGGAAGCUGCAUGAGGAGUUAAAGACCAAGACUGCUGUCUUUCAAGUGCUGCCCUCAUGUGGAAACCUCACUCCAGGACAGCGAUGCAACCUGCGAGUGAGGUUUUCACCCAGCGAAGAGAGGGCCUACAGCACCUAUCUGAAGGUUAACAUUUGCAAGAGCAACCAGCACCCUGAGCUGCAGCUCUCAGGGCGUGGGCUGGAGCCGCGACUGGAGUUCAACCCCGCAGUGCUCGAGCUGGGCCCACUGCUGCCAUACAGCGAUGGGGUGCAGGCCAAUGUGGUGGUGAAGAACCCGUGCGAGUUCCCCAUCGAGUUCUACUCUUUGGACUUCGACCAGCAGUACCUCGCUGAGGAGCUGAUCCUGCGGAUGCUGAAGGACUACGAUUGCCACAACACCCUACUGCUGCCACCCCGUGCCCCAGGCGAGAAGCUGCCCCCGGAGGUGCUGGAGUACUAUGAGGACCAGAAGAGGCUGCAGGAUGAGCAGGCAAAGUCCAAGCCUGUGGAACCAGCCAGUUGCGAGAACGAAAACGCUGAAGACACACAGUCUCUCUCAGACCAAGGAGGAAAGUACUCUGCUGGGGUUGUUCGUACUGUCUCAUCCCACACCUCCAUCAUUCCGUCCUCCUUUUUUGAUGAAAGCCAGUCUAACAGGGUGGACUUUAAAUUGGAACAUGAAGAAGAGGAGGAGGAAGGUGUUGAGAAAAGACACAAGACAGCGGAGGAUCAGCAAAAACACACCAGCAGCAAGGAGGCCGUGGGAGAAUUAGACAACAGCCCUGUCACAAGAGCCAUCGCUCGCCACCUUGGCAUCGAUAUCUCUCCAGAAGGCCGCGCAGCCCAAAACCGCAGAGGGAUCGUCGUCAUCAUCCAUGGGGCACCCCUGACAGGAAAGACAUCAGCAGCGAUUGCCCUCUCGAAAUACUACAGUGCUGCCUGCUUGUCCAUCGACUCGGUGGUGACAGAAGCCAUCUCUGAGCGGGCCAGUUUGGCAGGGCUGCGUGCACGGGAGCUGUGUAUCAGGGCUGCAGUAGGUCAGGCCCACAAGGACGCGGAGGAUGCGGGUCAACACGCAGAUCUCUGCAGCUUGCCGCUCAGCACAGACACCAGGCACAGCCCCGACAGCAGCCCGUGUGGCUCUGAGAGCAGAAAUGGCCUGCAGCCCGUCAGCGCCCGAGGCCGGGGGAGCCUGGGAGCGGGCAAGGGGAAGGCAGAGGGCCACGCAGCCCAGCCCCAGAAGCAGCACCAAACGGAUCAGCAAUGCCUGACCACCAAUGCCUGCGUAGCGGGAGAGACGGCUGCUAGGACCUGCGUGCUUCCCGAGGACCUGCUGGUGACCAUCCUCUCGGAGAGGAUGCAGCUGAGUGACUGCUACCAGGGAGUGGUGUUUGAUGGCCUGGAGACCCUCUUCGCACAGAAUAUGCCUUCUGCUCUCCUCUGCCUGCUCAGAGCUAUCAACAAUCGACCUCACAUCUAUUUUGUGAACCUGUUCCAGGAUUAUGCUACCAUGAGAGCCAGGGAGAAGGACAAAAAAGAGCAGAAAGAACGGGAGCAGAAGGAAGCUACCAUGAGGGAGAAGGCACGUCUCCAGGAGAUGGAUGAGGAAGCGUACGAUGCCCUCACCGAGGAGCAGAAAAGUCAGUUUGAUAAGGAGCUGCGAGAAGUCCUGCGUGAGAGGAAGAAGAGGGAGAUGGAGAGGCUGGCUCAAGAGCUUGAGGAGAAGAAGCACCAGCAGGAACUAGAACGCCUGAAGGAGGAAGAAGAGCUGAAGAAGAAGGCUAAGCGGUGGAAGAAAGAUCUUGGAAAAGAAAAAGACGUUGCCUCAGGGAGGAAAAGCCAGUUUGGAGUCAGGCAGGGUACGAACACCUCCACCAGCAGUCGCUCGGAUAUCAAGCUGAGUGAAGGAGAUGACAGGAGGGGGUCUGCAAAGGAGCACUCAGACUCUGUUUCAGGUGACAAGGGAGAUAAGAAAAAGCAGAACAAGACUGGCCUGCUAGAUGCCUGCCCAGCAGUGGUUGUGUUGCCCGCACAGCCAGAACAGGACAGAACCAAAAAAGAGGCCCUGAAUGACAUUGAGAAGAGCUUGGCCCUGAGGUUUAAGCUCUACGAGGCCUCACAGAAGGGCAUCACUCAUAUUUUGUCAUUCUGGGACCGAGUUCAGGGUAUCCUGCUUUCCCCUCUGGACCAAGAGGAGGUCCAGCCUCAAGCAGAAGAGCAGCACCAGCCUUCAUCCAGCCGCAAGAGCCGGAAGGAGAGAGAGAGGGAGCGGCUGGAGAAGGAGCGGUUGGAGAAGGAGCGGCUGGAAAAACUGAAGGCUCUUGAGGACUCCAAGUUAUCUGGGCAGGAAAAGGAAGGUGCAGAAGGAUCAGGCAAAGACCAGGAUGCUGGGGUGCCCUGCUUGGACCUUCAGGUGCUGAGCUCGGAAGACGCCAGUGGGAAGAGGAUCCUGGAGAGUGGCAAGCUGCCAGAUGUAGAGCAGAUCCUGGAUAGCCUGGGACUGGGUCCCUCAGGACCUCCCAUUCCUCCUACUGCUUUUUACUCUGUGAUCCGCUACCCAGAGAAGCGGACAGCCCCGGCAGCGGGUGAGGCCCUCCAGCACUUUGUAUUUGUUGCACCAGAAGGUGCGAUCGCAGAAGAAGAAAAGAAGGAUACAGAGAGUCUCAUGGAUGCGCGUGUCACGCCUGCAGCGAAGGUGCCAGAGGAACAGGUCACCCCCACCAGAGGCAGAGCGAGGAAGGAGAAAGCAGAGGGCAGCCGGGAGUCUUCGAGGGACAAGCGCAGCGCCGGCCGGGGCAGGAAAGGCCUGCAGGGACCAGCAUCAGGGGUGGUGGCACGUCACGCUGAUGCAGACCAAAGCAACGUCAGCAGGGACUCGUCCCUGGGGAAAAUCGCCAGAUUGACCAACUUCCGGUGGAUCGUGCCGGCCCACGGGGAGGUUGUCCUGAAGAUACAUUUCAGCUCCAUCGUGCCGGGCCAGUUUGAUCAGACGUUUAACUUUGAGAUCCUGGGGACGCGCCGGCUGUACCAGCUGUUCUGCAGGGGCACGUGCGCAUAUCCCACCAUCUGCCAGGACCCCCGGUUGGUGUUUCCUCACCGGAGAAAGAGCAAAGCGCCUGAUGACAUCAUCUUCAAGCAGUAUGUCAUGGAUACGGGCGUAUUCCACUUUGGGCCGCUGCUGUGCGGGAAGUCAAGACAGUGGUACAAGGCGCUUCGCUAUCCCAGUAACUGUGAGAAGAUAACCAUCCUCAACAUCACCCCCUUGGAAGCAGAGGUGCAUUUCUUCUUGGAGCACGAUGCCAAUGCAGACACGUUCCUCUUUGAGCCUCCCAGGAUGACGCUGAAAGCUAAUGAGAAGCAGGAGCUGACCAUUUGGGCAUAUCCCACUUCUUCCGGCAUUGUGGAAGACAACCUUGUCUGCUGCAUCAAGGACAACCCCGAGCCGGUGGUCUUCCGCCUGUGCUGCCACGGAGUGAGGCUGGAGCUGGGACUCAACUGCAGACAGCUGCAUUUUGACAAGCUGCUUCUGCACAGGAAGGACAGCAAGACAUUGGUCCUGCAAAACAGCACCCCGUUGCCUGCGGUCUGGAGGCUUAGUGGGGUGGAGAGCCUUGGCGAGGAUUUCUCCAUGUCACAAGACCAUGGCACCAUUGGCCCCUAUACGAAGUUUAGUCUGCAGCUCCAUUUCAAGGCCUCAAAGGCUCUCAGUGUUAAGAAGACCAUCCGACUAGAGGUUUCAGAUGUAGAAAACAUCCUGGGGAUUGUUCAGACUGAAAACAUCCAAGUCCUUGCGGAGGCCUAUGAUGUUGCUCUGAAUAUCACCUUUCCUAAAGUUGCAGAUAGUAAUCUGGAUUUUGGGAUCCUUAAAGUCAUGGAUGAAGCAAAGAUAACGCUGAAUCUAAAAAACAAAGGGAAGUAUGAGAUUGCAUACAGUUUCACACUGGAAGCUGUGGAUACCAACAUACCAGACUUGACCUCACACUUCACUAUCCAGCCGCAGAAGGGUGUGCUGACUGCCUCCGAGCGCCCUGCGCAGGUCCAGGUGGUCUUCCAGCCCAAGAGGGAGAUGAAAAUCGAGGACAAACCUAUCCUGCAAUGCCAGCUGAUUGAGCCCAGUGUCUGUGAAGGAGGAGAGACCAUUGCCAUCAUCCCAGUGAGGGUGUCGGCGAACGCUCUGUUCACCAAGUACAGCAUUUACCCUGCCUCAUCCAUCAACUUUGGUGCCAUGAUGAGCGGCAGCAGGAAAAGCUGCACCUUCACACUGGAGAACAAAGGCAUCCUCGAUUUUAAAUUCGUCAUCUGCAAAACAAUCCGGGAUGUGCCUAUCUUGCCAAGGAAAGGCGCACCUCCAGUGAAAUACACCCACUCCCACGAAAGUGAAAACUUAAGCAAAAUCCCUGCCUCUGUCAGGCAAAGCAAGCAAACUGACUCUCUGCAAAAGGACGUGAACACAGUUACGCAGGCUCGCAUCACUUUAGGCAUGUUCACGGUGUACCCUGGCUUUGGGUCCAUCCCUGCUGGGGGCCAUCAGGCAAUCACGGUGGAUUGCUACGCAGAUUCACUGGGGAUGUGCGAAGAGUACCUGUCCAUCGAUAUCAGCGACAGAGAUCCCAAGGACAAUCCCCUUGGCAUCCCCUAUACCCUGGCUGCCGAAUCCUGCAUCCCAGCAUUCGUGGUUGAUGACAUAGGGUCCAUCUUCGAGGAGCAUCGUAUCUGCAGCAACAUGAACCUUUACCACAUCCUGCAAACUGUGCAAGACAAGGGUGUGUUUGUCACCGAUGAGAACAUGUUCAUCUUCACCAAUGUUCUGGUUGGGCAGCAGGCCACAGCUCGCUUCAAGAUAUGCAAUGUGGACAAAAUCCCCUGUGAUGUGGUCCUUUCCAUCAAACCAGCCUCCAGUAAGCUUAGCACCCAUGCUGGCGACGUUUUUGAGGUGGAUCCUGUUCGGAUGUGUGUGCCCAGUCGCUCCCACGCCUUUGCUACAGUGACCUUCACUCCACAGGCAAUGCAGAACUACCAGUGCACUUUUGAGGCGUCCCUUGAUGUCCUGGCAAGCUCUGCAGUGUUUAAACCACAAAGUCUGACAUUCACUCUCAGUGGAGAUGGGAAUCUGCCGCGAGUGACCAUCCUGCGCCCGGUCCUUCACAACAAGACAGGGAACCCUCUGCUGCUCUUUAAGAAGCUGCUGCUAGGUCAUUCAGAGAAACUCCCUCUGAUCCUUCAUAACAGUGGCGUCAUACCUGUCCAGUUGCUGAUAGAUCUGUUGGAUGAAGAGGGAGUUUUCUUCCUGAAAGCCAGGCCCACCACUCACUGCAUCUACCAGGCUCCGGGCACAGAGGAGGGCUCUGCUGGAGAAGGCAGGAAGCCUCACACCACUUCCCUGGUCCUGCAUAAUGGGGAAUCGGCAGAGUUCGAUGUGCUUUUCAAACCCAACCUGGCCCAGCGUGUGGAAGGGAAGAUACGCCUGUCCGUAGUGGACAACCCAUAUGAGGAGACGAGCAUUCUGCUGGUGGGCGAAGGCUACCAGGAUGACUUCACGCUAGAUAACAUCCAUGGACUAGUGGCAGACAGCAGUGAGGAGAACACUGAGGGCAGUCUGGAGGAAGACAUAAUUGAGGCUGCCAGAGUGGAUCACAUCCAGUUUGGAGACUGUCACAUUGGGACACCCUACCAGGCGACCUUCACGAUCACCAAUCACAGCAACGUGGAGGCGAUGCGGUUUGAGUGGCUGGCAGGCCCCCCAUUUCACUUCUCCCCCCAGGUGGGACACCUCCACGCUGGCUGUGCUAAGGAUGUUACAGUGACCUUGAAAUCAGAUGUCGCAGUCACCUUCAGAAUGCACCCUGUGAAGUGUAAGGUGGCUAAGAUCGUCUUCCAGCUGCCAGCAGACCAGGUCCCUGACUGGGAUGACCGCCUGCACACUGUCAAGUGGGUAGAUGCCACGAGGGGCCAGCUGACCAUGCGGCCUGUCAAGAAGAAGGUGAUUGAGACAGACCCGGAGCCAGCUCACACUGUCCUGGAAGAGAGCAGCCGUGAGGUGGAGCUUCGCCUCAGCGCUGUUGUUGAUUAUGCUGAGUUCAAGCUGGAUACGGACGUGAUUCAGUUCAAGGAGACCUUGCUCUUCCAGACGAGGACAUUCACUUUCCAGCUGUCCAAUACAGGGAAUGUGGCCCUAGAAUACACCUGGAUGGCAGAUGUGGAGGAUAAAAGAGCAGUCAGCUAUACUGGGGAACUGCUCCUGACCAGUCCUGAAGGGAACUUCCACUCCUCCACUUCUGGUGCUUCCAUGAAACUCCAGACCAGCCGUUGUUCCAGCCAGCUGGGCUGCUCUCUGGAGCAUGUCUCCUCCUCUCCAUCCUCCUCUCUGAGCACCAUCAACACCACCCCACAGUUCGCUGUAGAGCCCUGCAGCGGCACCAUCCCUGCUAGUCAGGAGCAGGUCUUCCAGAUGAAAUUCUGUCCAGUGGAUGUGGGGGAGUUUGAGAGCUGUAUGCUCUGCAGUAUUCCUAACCUGCAGCCAAAUCAGAAGGGCCCAGAAGUGGUUGUGAGGGGGAAAAGCCUGCUGCCACACUGCCACUUUGAAUUGGAAGACUCUGACUACAUCACUGCAAACAGACGCAACCCAGACUUGCGGGGACCUAAGGGGACAAUGUUAGAUCCCAACACAAGAGUGAUUGAGUUUUCAGCAGUUGGAGUGUGUAGCAGGAAGAGCAGGGCCUUCCUGCUUAUGAACCCAACCAGUUCCACGUAUUCCUUCCAGUGGACUUGCCAAGACCCCGAAGCACCAAGAGAACACCCAGCUUUCUCCUGCCUCACAGAGAGAGGUCAGAUCCAGCCAGAGAAGAAGGUAGAGAUCAAGUUUGAAUUCAUUCCUCAGCACCUGGACAUCACAGAAUCAUUCUGGGUCUUUACAAUCCCUGAGCAGAGUGUUUCAAUCCCGUUUCUGCUGGUGGGCAACACCACCGACCCAUUAGUGUCUCUGGACAGAUCCCACCUGAGCUUCCACUCGCUGUUAGUUGGGCACGAGAUGUACCAGACAAUCUACAUGAUCAACAGCGAGAAAGAGGCUUUCAGCUUUGCUUUCAGGGAAAGUUCUUUCUUCCCAGAGGGAUGCAACGCCUGCUUGAAAGUAGAGCCCCUGGAAGGCUCCAUCGCACCCCUUUCAAGGUGUCCAAUUACAAUCUUCUUCAUACCAACACUAGAAGGAGAGGUGGUCUUCAACCUCAUAUGUGAUGUCAAGAGGAAGCCCCAGCCCCUCUCCUUGAACAUCAAGGCCACCGCAUAUAGCAUGAACGUGUCUGUCCAGUUUGAGGACAGGGAUGGCUGUGUCGCUGAGCUCAGUGCACAGGAGAUCAACGUCAUUGACUUCAAGAAAGUGGAACUAAAUGAAAACAUUCAAAACAUCUUCACUAUCAGCAAUACCGGGAAGUUGAACUUCACCUUCUCAUGGGAACUUAAGGGCCCCCCAGCACAGAAACAGUUCCUUACCCUUACCCCUCAGAUGGGCAGCGUGGAGGCCGAGGGGAAAGCAGAGACUCUGCUGACUUUCCACCCACGGAAGAUGUGCUCUAUGAAGAAUGUAGAGCUGACGCUGCAGAUCAGCAAGGGCCCCACGUUCACCUGUGUAUUGCUGGCUACUGUGGUGGUGCCCACUGUCCACUUCUCCUUCGCUAAACUCAAUUUUGGGGCCUGCUUUGUCUACCACGCCGGGAUGCCGCCUGCCCAGCAGACCCUCGUCAUCACUAACAAGGCAGACAAGGAUGUCAGCUUGAACUGCUUGUUCACCAGCACCGCGCACCUGGAGGUGGACUUCCGAGGCUGCGUGCUAUCUCCAGGAGGGACGGUGGAGGUGCCCAUCACUUUCUAUCCCAGAGAGGCUGUGUCUUACCAUGAGCUUGUCCCUUUUGAAAUCAAUGGUCUUUCCCAACAGACUGUUGAGGUCCGAGGAAAGGGCACAGAAAUGAAGGUUGACGUUGUGGAACCGCAAAGAAAGGUGGUGAAGUUGGGAGCCCUCUCCAUCGGACAGACAGUGAAGAAGAUUGUCACCAUAGCAAACAACAGUGCUGCCCCUCUCACUUUUAAGCUCAAUUUCAUGUACACCAUGUCAGAGUUGCAAGAAGCUGGGGUUCUCUGCUUGAACCCUACCAAUGAAAUAAGUCUGAAGCCCAAAGGAGAUACCUGUAAAGUGGAGGUGAUCUUCUCCCCAAAGCGCCGCAUUCUGCCAUUCAGUGAAGAAGUGAUGUUGGAGUGCCAUGGCCUGGUGCGCUCCCUCUUCAUGGUACAGGGCUCCUGCCAGGGCAUCGAUGUGAGCUUGGACCGGGAACACAUCAACUUUGGAGCGGUGUUGCAGCAGAGCCGCACUUGCCAACGCAUUGUCAUGCAGAACACAGGUGACAUAGGUGUCAGGUUUAAGUGGGCCAUCAAGAGCUUCGAGCCAGAUUUCUCCAUCAGCCCCACAAAGGGUUACAUCUCCCCAGGAAUGAAUAUCCCCUUACUUGUGACCUUCCACCCCUCCAAGCCGAGCCAGGCUAUCCAGUACGAUGGCCUGCAGUGCUUCAUCCAGGGCAGUGAGCCGCUCCGGCUUACACUGGCAGGAUGCUGCAUGGAGCUCCCAGCGACCAAAGAGACACUGAAUUUCACAUGUGACGUGCGUGAGAAGCAGAGCCAGACCAUCCUCCUGUCCAACCCGAGCAACGAAGCCUGGACCAUGCAACCUGUCAUCGAGGGACAACACUGGGAAGGUCCUGAUUUUUUUCAUCUAGAUGCCAGUCAACAAAACAAGCCCUACGAGAUCACUUACAAACCCCUAACCAUGACCUCUGAGAACAAGAAACAUCAGGGCUCCAUCUUCUUCCCGUUCCCAGACGGGACAGGCUUGCAGUACCUCCUGCAGGGGACAGCUGAGGCCCCAAAGUGUUCGGGGUCUAUUUUCCGGGAGGUGCCAUGCAGGACUCCCCACACUGAGCUCAUCCCCGUCUCCAACUGGCUGAACAGACCACAGAGGUUUCUCGUGGUAGUGGACAUACUCAAACCAGAAAAGCUGGAAAGCAGUUCUGUGCUGCAGGGGCUGGAGUACAUUGAUGUGCCUGGCUGCACCCAGAAGGACUACAAGCUCACGUUCCUUUCCUACAAGGAAGGGAUCUUUAGCGCAAUGGUGACCUUCCUCAACGAGGUGACUGAGGAAUACUUGUUCUACAUGGCCACUUUCAAGGCUACUGCUUCAGGACCCGUCAGCACCAUUGAACUGGUCACCCCUCUUCGGGAGAGCGUGUCCUCAUCCAUCAGGGUGGACAACCCUCUGUCUGUCCCAGUGACGUUUGCUACAGAUUGCAAAGUGCCCGACAUCAACGUUCCCCCGCUGUUCACUGUUCCUGCUUUGUCAGAGGCUGAUCUUGUCUUUGAGUACCAGCCCUUGAAAAUGGGGGAGAGCACUGGGCACCUGGUGCUCCAGAGCAGUGACUUGGGCUCUUUCUACUACAACCUGAACCUGAAAGCCACCGCGAGCAGGCCGGAGAAGCCACUCUACUUCUGCACUGCACUGGGCUCUAACCAGACCAUCACUGCCAAAUUCAUUAACUACGCCCGGCAGAAGACAGACUACGUCCUCCAGAUCGACCGCGCAGAUUUCCAGACAGAGAAAACCAUCAGCGUGGCCCCCGCCUGCGUGGGGGGCUCCGAGGUGUGCGUGGAGGUGACCUACGAGCCCUGCCAGCUGGGCGAAUCCAGAGCGACACUGCUGCUCUCCUCCCCGCUCGGCGGGGAGUACAGCAUCCCGCUCGUCGGCCUCUCUGUCCCGCCCAAGCCGCAGGGCCCCUUCCAAAUCAAGGCGGGCUGCAGCACCUCCAUCCCCUUCAAAAACGUCUUCUUGCAGCACAUGGCCUUCAGGUACGACGUGGAGAACCCGGCGUUCACCGUCCGGGCUACCGAGAACUUACGCUCCAAGAAAAACAUCUUCAUCACCGUCUCGUUUGAGGGCAGCCCGGCCGGCAGCAAGGCCCCCGUCACCAGCAAGCUGGUGGUCUCUUGCGCUCGGGCAGCCGGCGUGGGGGCGGACGUCUCCUGGGUGUACUACCUGCGGGGCAUCACCCCCGAGAAGUGACCUGCGGCAGCGCCCUCCGCGGCAGCUGGAUUUUGGGGACCCCCGAAGCACCAGCAGCGGGGAGAUCCCGCUGCCCCGGAGGGACCUGCUGGCCACGGGCACGUCCGUGCCGGGGGCCGGGCUGUUUGCCGGCUGAGUCCACGGAAGACGGGACUGCACCGAGGAGGCUCCACCUUUCUCCCUUCCAUGCACCACGCUGACGGCCUUCACUCGAAGCCAGGCCCGUGCCCCUGCGGCUGACCUCAUCCCCUCGGGCUUUCUUGCCAAAAAUGCCCAUCGCACCGGGAGUUAAUCCAGUCGCCGGCUCCGUGCUAGCAAGCGCACGGGGCAGAGGCCAGGCGCGGGGGGAGGGUGCGUGGGGGCCGGUUUGCCGCUCUCUCCUGUACGGGUUUCUUUGGAAUAAAGCUCUGGAAGGCA